AGUCGGCAGAGCCCGCGCGCCCGCCCCAUGGCUUCGGUGACCAGGACCGUGUUCGGGGCCCUGCCCGACGGGGCGGGGACGGUGGAGAAGUUCCAGCUGCGGACAGGCCAGCUGCGCGUGGACGUCCUCUCCUGGGGCUGCACCAUCUCGGCCCUGGAGGUCCAGGACAGGCAGGGCCGCGCCGCCGACGUGGUGCUGGGCUUCGCGGAGCUGGAAGGGUACCUCCAGAAGCAGCCCUACUUCGGAGCGGUGGUGGGCAGAGUCGCCAACAGGAUUGCCAAAGGCCGCUUCGAGCUGGACGGGAAGGAGUACCAGCUGCCCAUCAACCGGGAGCCCAACAGCUUACACGGCGGCUUCCGGGGUUUUGACAAGGUGCUCUGGUCCCCGAAGGUGCUGCCCAAUGGCGUCCAGUUCUCACGGGUCAGUGCGGAUGGGGAGGAAGGCUACCCCGGCGAGCUGAAGGUCUGGGUGACCUACACGGUGGAUGGUGGUGAGCUCACAAUCAACUACCGAGCGCAGACCAGCCGGCCCACCCCAGUCAACCUCACCAACCAUUCCUACUUCAACCUGGCAGGCCAGGGGUCCCCUGAUGUAUACGACCACGAAGUCACCAUCGCGGCCGAUGCCUUCCUGCCAGUGGACGCCAACCUGAUCCCUACAGGAGAAGUGGCCCCGGUGCAGGGCACGGCCUUCGACCUGAGGAGCCCGGUGCAGCUCGGAAAGCGCCUGCAGGAGCUCGGCCUGCCUGGCUUCGACCACAACUUCUGCCUGGACAGAUCUGGACAGAGGCGGUUCUGUGCCCGGGUGCGCCAUGCUGCCAGUGGGCGGGUGCUCGAGGUGUCCACCACCCAGCCCGGCGUCCAGUUCUACACGGGCAACUUCCUGGACGGCACGCUCCGGGGCAAGGGCGGCAGCACCUACCCCAAGCACUCUGGCCUCUGCCUCGAGACGCAAAGCUGGCCUGACGCUGUCAACCAGCCCCACUUUCCCCCCGUGGUGCUGAGGCCCGGCGAGGAGUACAACCACACCACAUGGCUCACCUUCUCCGUGGCCUGAGGAAGGAGCCGAGACCUGAGAAAGAGAUUCCUGCGUGAUGGCUUCCCCGCCCGGCGCUGACGCCCAUUUCCUGCCCCCCAACUCUCCCCAUGGAGUAAACCGG